AAUAUAGUGAUGCUGUUGGCAUUGGAAAACUGCACCUCAAUAAUCUUCAAUUAAGAAUAAUAGGUUCAAUUUUAAUUAAUCUUUAGUUUUUUUUAGUGUUGAAAUUGAAACCAAUAAUAAUAAUAAGUCCAAACGAAUAAUCUGGAGAAUAUUUUGCAAAUCAUGGUUAAAGCAAGAGCAAGAUAAUCAUCAUCUCAUUUCUUUUAAUUUCUUGAUUACUUUGCAAUUAGAUUCACAUCUUCACUACUAAGAAGUUUCUGAAGUGAGUUUGAUUCAAUUCUGUGAUCUUCACAUAAUUGCUUCAAUCUUCCAAAACCCACUUCUGAUUUCAACUGGGCUUUAAAAAAAUUAGACCUUUUUUUGUCGGUCAUUUUUGUGCCUCCUACCCAAGAUUUUAUCAGGUUUUAGGCACUGAAAAGUAGCUAUCUUUUUUGUUUUUGUAAGUGGUUAAGACAAAUAUUAGUAUGGGAACAAACAAGCAGGAACAUGGAAUUUCAGACGAAGGAUCUGAGGUAAGAUAUCAGGAGAUGGUAGACAAUGAAGCCAAGGAUACUAAAAAAGGUGCAGCACACAAAUUAACAACAGAAAGUUGCAAAUCAAACAGCAUGGUGAUAAAGAAAGGACAUGGAAUGAUUCCUCCACACAUUAUAGCUGAAGCGAUAUCAACAAUCCGCGAUAUUGAUCUUCGAUGGUCAGGUCCAAUCACACCAAAAGAAAUGGAAUAUGUUGAACAAUAUGUUCUAGCAAAGUAUCCAGAAUAUUCAAGGUUAAUUGAAGGGGAUGGAAAUGGGAUAGACAUGUCUACCUUUAUCAUCAACGAGGAGCCUUCGGAAAACAUGUUCGACGAUAGGGGAAAAUCGCCGAGAGGGACUCCCAGUCCUAGAGAUUCAUCUGCAUAUUCAUUUGGCAGUAGUCUACCAGAAUCUGAUGGGGCUAAGACUAAGUUGGAGACGUCAAGGUUACUAGAUAUUCUCACCAAGAAAUCCUCCUUUCCUGGAAGUUUCAUCUCGAUCCCGGAAAUUCAAGCUCGAAAUAAGGUUUUGAAGCAUUAUGGUUUGACGGAUGAUGAGUACCUUGUUCUCUUCACUCCAAGUUACAAGGAUGCCAUGAUGUUGAUAGGAGAAAGUUACCCUUUUAUUAAAGGAAACUACUACAUGACAAUUCUUGAUCGAGAACAAGAUUAUAUAAAGGAAUUUGCUACUUUUAAGGAGUCAAAGGUGAUAUCAGCACCAAAGACUUGGUUGGACUUGAGGAUUAGAGGGUCUCAGCUGAGUCAAAACUUCAGGAGGAGGUGUAAGAUCAGCUCAAAAGGGUUAUUCUCUUAUCCAGCAGAUGCAAGUGGAACAAUGCAUUGGAUCUCAGAGGCUCAUAGGAACAAUUGGCAUGUGCUACUUGAUGCCUCUGUCUAUGUAGUAGGAAAGGAUCGGUUACAUCUCGCACUUCACCGCCCUGACUUUGUGAUCUGUAGUCUUGACAACAACACAAAUUCCAAUCCUUCAAGAAUCACUUGUCUCUUAGUCAGAAAGAAUUCUUUUGACACCUCGGCCACUUCGUCUCAAGUUGUUGAAUGACUGUUGAUUGGAUGACAUCAGAAGUUUGAACUGCAGAACAAUUCAUGUUUGGUAUCAGACUCUGAGGAGCUAUGAAUUUUCCUGGCAUACCAUUGUAAAAUGAAUAAAUAAGCACAUGCACAUAGAAGAAUACCACUUGUUAGUUACUGGUUUGGAUGCAUAUGCAUUGCUAAAUCAUCAGGGUUUGUUUGUAUUUUUAUGUUUAAUUAAUUGAGGUCUUGAUUUGUCUAUUUCAAGUUUCAACUAAGCCCCAUUUUUUUCUUUACA